CUGGCAAGCGCUGGCAGUUCCGAGGCGGAGAUGCUGAGGAGCGCUGGGUUCGCUAGCAGCGCUGGCCACUGCGGACUCCCGAGGAGCUCCGGACCGUGAAAAUCCCUGCGCAGCGGCCAAUCCCGAGGCCAUUCACCCCUCCAGAAGCCAGACAAGCGGAGAGUCCAGCGCAGCGGAGGCUUUUCCCGGAUCCUGGGCUUUCGGAGCGUUCUGGAACCCCGAGAGACACCCCCGCGGGCUCUAGAAGCUCCCCCAGCAGCCCCCAGUCCCGGCUUCCCGCGCGCGUCUGUCUGAAAGCCCCUCGGGUGCACGGGCGGUCGCCGAGCCGCGUCUGGGUCCUGGCGCACACCAUGAUCGUUGCGGACUCCGAGUGCCGCGCGGAGCUGAAGGGCUACCUGCCCGGGGCUGGAGAGGAGCAGAGAGAGAGCCGCGUCCGACGAGGCCCCCGAGGGCCCAGCGCCUUCAUUCCAGUAGAGGAGGUCCUGCAGGAGGGACCCGAGAGCCUCGAGCAGCACCUGGGGCUGGAGGCACUGAUGUCCUUGGGGCGGGUGGACAACCUGGCCGUGGUGAUGGGCCUGCACCCCGACUACUUUACCAGCUUCUGGCGCCUGCACUACCUGCUGCUGCACACGGAUGGGCCCCUGGCCAAUUCCUGGCGCCAUUACAUCGCCAUCAUGGCUGCUGCCCGCCACCAGUGUUCCUACCUGGUGGGCUCCCACAUGGCCGAGUUCCUGCAGACUGGCGGUGACCCUGAGUGGCUGCUUGGCCUCCACCGCGCCCCUGAGAAACUGCGCAAGCUCAGCGAGAUCAACAAGCUGCUGGCCCAUCGGCCAUGGCUCAUCACCAAGGAGCACAUCCAGGCCUUGCUGAAGACGGGCGAGCACAGCUGGUCCCUGGCCGAGCUCAUCCAGGCCCUGGUCCUGCUCACACACUGCCACUCGCUGGCCUCCUUCGUGUUCGGCUGUGGCAUCCUCCCUGAGGGGGACCCUGAGGGCAGCCCCGCUCCCCAGGCCCCUUCACCCCCCAGUGAGCAGAGCACGCCCCCUAGCAGGGACUCGCUGAACCACUCCGGGGGCUUUGAGGCUGCCCGCGAUGUGGAAGCUCUAAUGGAACGCAUGAGGCAGCUGCAGGAGAGCCUGCUGCGGGAUGAGGGCGCCUCACAGGAAGAGAUGGAGAGCCGCUUUGAGCUGGAGAAGUCAGAGAGCCUACUGGUGACCCCCUCAGUGGACAUCCUGGAACCCUCUGCAAACCCAGAUAUGCUGUGCUUCGUGGAAGACCCCACUUUCGGAUAUGAGGACUUUACCCGGCGAGGGACUCAGGCACCCCCCACCUUCCGUGCCCAGGAUUAUACCUGGGAAGACCAUGGCUAUUCACUGAUCCAGCGGCUCUACCCUGAGGGUGGACAGCUGCUGGAUGAGAAGUUCCAGGCAGCCUAUAGUCUCACCUAUAACACCAUCGCCAUGCACAGUGGAGUAGAUACCUCCAUGCUCCGCAGGGCCAUCUGGAAUUACAUCCACUGCGUCUUUGGCAUCAGAUAUGAUGACUAUGACUAUGGGGAGGUGAACCAGCUCCUGGAGCGGAACCUCAAGGUCUAUAUCAAGACAGUGGCCUGCUAUCCGGAGAAGACCACCCGAAGAAUGUACAACCACUUCUGGAGGCACUUCCGCCACUCAGAGAAGGUGCGGCUCAUGGGGGAGGAACAGGAUGGAAGCCUGUGGAGGAGGCGAGGGCUCGGGACCAGAGGUCCUGACCCGGGGAUCCAACCUGCGUCUCUUCAUGUCUCCUGCAUCGGCAGGCAGGUUCUUUACCACGAGCACCCCCUGGGAAGCCCAUUUACUCACCUGUAA